AUGAUUUCAGUCAUUCCGCUCCGAGCACCUACUAUCGAUAUUCAUCCAAAUGCUCGAUGGGAACAGAAUGGUAUCACUGUAGCUGGAGGAAAUGGACAAGGCAAUGGAAUCAAUCAACUCUCAAACCCAUGGAGUUUGUAUGUUGAUGAUGAUGAUCAAACAAUCUAUGUUGCUGAUCAAAACAAUGACCGUAUUGUGGAAUGGAAAUUGGGUGCAACGAGUGGACAAGUGGUUGCAGGUGGAAAUGGAAAAGGAAAUGGAGAUCAUCAAUUGCGUUACCCAGUAGAGGUGAUUGUCGACAAAGAGAGAGAUAGUCUCAUCAUCUCCGAUAUUUCGAAUAGAAGAGUGGUUCGAUGGCCUCGUCGAAAUGGAACAAGUGGAGAAACAAUCAUCUCUGACAUCGGUUGUGUGGGUUUGACAAUGGAUGAGAAUGGAUUUCUCUAUGUCGUUGACAAUGGAAAACAUGAAGUGAGACGAUAUCGAAGAGGAGAAUCUCAAGGAAUAGUGGUUGCAGGGGGCAAUGGAAAUGGAAAUGGUCUCAAUCAACUCCCUUUCCCAACAUACGUAUUCGUCAAUCGAGAUCAUUCAGUAUAUGUGUCUGAUGGAGGAGAACGUGUGAUGAAAUGGAUGGAAGGUGCAAAACAAGGCAUUGUCGUGGCUGGUGGUCAAGGAAAAGGAAAUGGUCUUACACAAUUCUCAUAUCCUAAAGGAGUCGUUGUCGAUCAAUUGGGCACUGUCUAUGUGACUGAUCAAGGGAAUGAUCGAAUCAUGCGUUGGCCCAAAGGAGCCACACAAGGAAGUGUCAUUGUUGGUGGAAACGGUAAAGGAAAGCAAUCAAACCAACUCGAACGGCCCUCCGGUUUGUCAUUCGAUCGACAUGGCAAUCUCUAUGUCGUCGAUCAGGCAAAUAAUCGAGUACAAAAAUUCAAUAUCGAAUCAAAUAGAUAAAUAAGGUCCAUCAUACAGUUCAUAAAGACUACUUAAUUAAAGACUUUCAAAUAACUAAUUAAUUAGGGUGUGGGUGUGGGUGUGGG